AUGUCUUGUCCAGACUGUUUCUCAGGCCACCAGCACGACGGCACCCCCAAAGGCAAGCUGAUCGAGCUGCACGGCCUGGACACCUACGUCGCCGAGCCCGAGGACGAUGUGCAGCCCAAGGGGAUCAUCGUCAUCAUUCCUGAUGCCUUUGGGAUCGAGUUUGUCAAUAACAAGCUCCUGGCUGAUUCAUAUGCCAAAAAGGGUGGAUACAAGGUCUAUCUGCCUGACUUUAUGCUUGGCCGUUCCGCUCCAAUCUGGAUGAUUGAAUCCAUGAGGGCUCUCUUGAGUCCUGGAAAUUACCUCUCCAAACCAUACCACACCUUCUGGGUAGCAUACGCCUUCCUCCCCUGGGUCCUCACCAACCGCCCCGGCCGAACCUUUCCAACGGUCAAGAACUUCUUCGAGGCCCUCCGCAGCAGCACCGAGGGCACCACCCUCCCCCUCGGCGUGGCCGGUUUCUGCUGGGGCGGCAAACACGCCCUCCUCCUCACCCGCGAGGAGAACUACUCCUCGUCCUCCUCCUCCUCAGGAGAGAGAAAACCCCUGCUGGACGCCGCCUUCGUCGGCCACCCCAGCUUCUUCGAACACCCGCGCGAUGCUGAGCUCAUCACCGUGCCGACCUCCUUCGCCGUACCUGAGCGGGACCACCAGAUCAAGGUGCCUGCGGUCUCAGACGAGAUCGCCCGCAUCUUGGAAGGGAAAGGGGGUGAGCUGAAGGUGUACGAGAACUGUGGGCAUGGGUUCUGCGUCCGGGCCGACUUUUUGGAGGGAGAUGUGGCGAGCCAGGCGGCUGCGGCGGAGAACCAGGCUACUACGUGGUUUACUUCUCAUUUAAGAAGGUCGACUUCAUGAACAUGUCCUGUCGUCCUGAUAGGGCGCGUCCUCGUGUUCUUCUUUCUUUUUCAUCAUUGCCUUUCUCUCUCCUUUCCCUUUUUCUCUCUCUCCCUCUCCCCUCAUCUACGAUGCGGUACAUUGAUUUGUUGGUCCCGGUGUACCCGGUAAAAGGUUGUGAACUUUUGGCUGUCAAGGAACAAUAGAGAGAGGCUCGAAAUCACAAAGCACAGUUUGUUCAAUGACAGUUAUUGUUCCCAUGCCUUGUUUGUUCUCUGAGCCUUUCUUUCACCUCGACUCACUUAUCCACAAUCUUGACAAUAAUCCUGUAACAAAGGGUUUCUUGAGGGGUUACAAACAUUCCAUCGGGUGACACAGCAGGUUAUAAGGUAACAACAACCAGCAAACCUUUGGAGAAGGGGAAAGAAAAAAAAAAUUUGCAUGUAUAGUAACACCAACGCGAGAUGACUAUGGCUUAUAUAAAAUUCUUGCAU